UUGUUGUGGGCGCCUCUGGCGGGGGUGGCGAGGGAAGAGAUCGGGAGUCGGGAGGUAGGGGCCUCGGCUGCCCCCUGGGCUCGGCUUCUUCACCUUCCACCAGCCUCCCCGCCCCCCCAUGGGGAACGGGGGCUGGGGCAGAGUGUUCGUGUAGGGGGGAUUGGGAAAGCUACCCGCCGCCGCUUCCUCUUCCUCCUUUGCAGUCCCGGGCUGCUGUCAGGAGCUCUCCUCAGACCCCCGGGAACUUGGCUUCGGCCGCCCCGCCCCUCCGUGGCUCCCUGCCGCCCCCGCCCCGGACUCGGCUCUACGCGGCUGCCCGCCUGUCAGGAGGCGCCCGGGGUGCCCCGCUUGUGGCUAGCGCGAUCCUGGGGCUAUGGGGCGGGGAUGUGGGGACAAGCUCCGGUAAAGUUUAGUGAGCCCCGGGCCGGCGUUGGGGUUCGGCUGAGGGGUAGCGGGGUAGUCUGCCUCGGCGGGACGUUACUUUCUCUCUGAUUCUGGGCAACCGGGGGGGGAAAGAACCCCCCUCGAAGGGUGUGUAUUUGGAAGCAGUGGUGGGUGGUGGGAAGCAGCUACCUCUCCCUUCUUUUCCUUCUCUUCCUUUGCCUGGUGUGGAGGGUGAGAGGAGCCUUUGGGGGUCUCUGCACACACCAUGAUGGCGAUGCUAUAGCUGAUGGAGAACAGGCAAACACCAGGUUUGUUUCUGGAGUUUUUCUGUGGAAAGCUUCGCUGAAAGAUCAGUUUCCUCAAUAAUUUUGCAAUGUUAACAUUCCAAAAUUUGUAUACUAAGCAAAUGGUUAUGAGCCUUAGAGUUUCUGAACUCCAAGUACUGUUGGGCUACGCUGGGAGAAACAAGCACGGACGCAAACACGAACUUCUCACAAAAGCCCUGCAUUUGCUAAAGGCUGGCUGCAGUCCUGCUGUACAAAUGAAAAUUAAAGAACUCUAUCGGCGGAGGUUCCCCCAGAAAAUCAUGACGCCCGCGGACUUGUCCAUCCCCAAUGUCCAUUCAAGUCCUAUGCCAGCAACUCUGUCUCCAUCUACCAUUCCACAACUCACUUACGAUGGUCACCCUGCAUCAUCACCGUUACUCCCUGUUUCUCUUCUGGGACCUAAACAUGAACUGGAACUUCCACAUCUUACAUCAGCUCUUCACCCAGUCCAUCCGGAUAUAAAACUUCAAAAAUUACCAUUUUAUGAUUUACUGGAUGAACUGAUAAAACCCACCAGUCUAGCAUCAGACAACAGCCAGCGCUUUCGAGAAACCUGUUUUGCAUUUGCAUUGACACCACAGCAAGUGCAGCAGAUCAGUAGUUCCAUGGAUAUUUCUGGGACCAAAUGUGACUUCACAGUGCAGGUCCAGUUAAGGUUUUGUUUAUCAGAAACCAGUUGUCCACAAGAAGAUCACUUCCCACCCAAUCUUUGUGUGAAAGUGAAUACAAAACCUUGCAGCCUUCCGGGUUAUCUUCCACCUACAAAAAAUGGUGUGGAACCAAAGCGACCCAGCCGACCAAUCAAUAUCACCUCACUUGUCCGAUUGUCCACAACAGUACCAAACACCAUUGUUGUUUCUUGGACUGCAGAAAUUGGAAGAAACUAUUCCAUGGCAGUGUAUCUUGUAAAACAGUUGUCCUCAACAGUUCUUCUUCAGAGGUUACGAGCAAAGGGAAUAAGGAAUCCGGAUCAUUCUAGAGCUUUAAUUAAAGAGAAAUUGACCGCGGAUCCAGACAGUGAAAUAGCUACAACCAGCCUAAGGGUUUCUCUACUAUGUCCACUUGGUAAAAUGCGGCUGACAAUUCCAUGCCGGGCCCUGACAUGUUCUCAUCUGCAGUGUUUUGAUGCAACUCUUUAUAUUCAGAUGAAUGAGAAAAAACCAACCUGGGUUUGUCCUGUCUGUGAUAAGAAGGCUCCGUAUGAACACCUUAUUAUUGAUGGCUUGUUCAUGGAGAUCCUAAAGUACUGUACAGACUGUGAUGAGAUACAGUUUAAGGAGGAUGGCUCUUGGGCACCUAUGAGAUCAAAAAAGGAAGUACAGGAAGUCUCUGCCUCUUACAAUGGAGUUGAUGGAUGUUUGAGCUCCACAUUGGAGCAUCAGGUGGCUUCUCACCACCAGUCCUCAAAUAAAAAUAAGAAAGUAGAGGUGAUUGAUUUAACCAUAGACAGUUCAUCUGAUGAAGAGGAAGAAGAGCCGUCUGCCAAGAGGACCUGUCCUUCCCUAUCUCCCACAUCACCACUAAAUAAUAAAGGCAUAUUAAGUCUUCCACAUCAAGCGUCUCCGGUGUCCCGCACCCCAAGCCUCCCUGCUGUAGACACAAGCUACAUUAAUACUUCCCUCAUCCAAGACUACAGGCACCCUUUCCACAUGACACCCAUGCCUUAUGACCUACAAGGAUUAGAUUUCUUUCCUUUCUUAUCAGGAGACAAUCAGCAUUAUAACACCUCCCUCCUGGCUGCCGCCGCCGCAGCAGUGUCAGAUGAUCAAGACCUCUUACACUCGUCUCGGUUUUUCCCGUAUACCUCCUCGCAGAUGUUUCUCGAUCAGUUAAGCGCAGGAGGCAGCACUUCUCUGCCGGCCACCAACGGCAGCAGUAGCGGCAGUAACAGCAGCCUCGUGUCCUCCAACAGCCUGCGGGACGGCCAUGGCCACAGCGUCGCCAACAGGAGCGGCUCGGACACGGCCUCCAUCUUUGGCAUCAUACCAGACAUUAUUUCAUUGGACUGAUUCCCUUGCCCCUGCUGCUCCCACCCCCGCCCCAGAUGAAAUGAACUUGGCAGAAAGAAGAGAACUUUGUGCUAUGUUUUACCUUAUUCUGUUUAGAAAAGUACACAAGCGUGUUUUUUUCCUUUUUUUUAGGGAAAAAAUUAAAAGAAAUGUACAGAGAACAAAACUAUAUUUUCAGUUUUACUUUUGUAUAUAAAUCUAAGACUGCCUGUCUGAUAAAACACUUGUAAAAAACAAAAAAAACAAAAAAAAAAAAAGGAAAGAAAAGAAAAAAAGAAAAAAAAAAAAACAGUACCCACAAACCACCUUCAGUUCAUUUUUUUUCUGGAUUCUGAAGAUUUUUUUUUUUUCAUCAUUUGUCCUAUGGUUUUGGUUUUAUUUUACUUCAAUGGCAUUAUUUUAUUUGCAAUAACAGAAAAGGAAUUGCAUGUAUGAAGUUUUAAAUUGUGGGCUUUUCUUUGUUGUGGGGAGGGGCCUGGGGGGGAUAGUUUUCAUUUCCAUUUUCUAAAAAGGACAGACUUGGAUUCUCUUUGUGUGUGUGCAUAUUAUAUCCAGCCUUAAGUUAUAAAUCUCAUCUGUCCCACUGCAUUCCCUGUGUAUUUUCAGGACCUAGCUCGUGGGGGUGUGUGUUCAGUGUGUGUGUCUGUGUAUAUUUUUCCGUUGUUACUGUUCCUUCUCCUCCCAAGUUUGCAUUCAGUUGAUAAAUCAGUUGCCUGCUUCUUUCAAAGUGCUCUGAAGGUCUUGAACUCACAUAUGAGCAUCUUUAUUGAUAUCCCAAUUGCAUGUUCUCCAUCACAUAUUCUCUCUUAUUUGCUAGAUACCCCCUGAGAAUAUGUUUUAGAGAUUUGGAGUAAAGCUAUCUGGAUAAGGAGUAGGCUUGGCAGACCUGUGAAUAAUACACUUUAGUCUAGUUCUUUCUUCUAAAUUUGGAUUGCCAGUAUUAUGUAUUUAAACCAAGUCUGUGAACACCUGCCUUUUUGGCCACAGGGUAACAAGUUUUCCUGUGAGAUCUUCAUGCCAAAGUAGGAAGUAAAAAUAGCUUCGAAAGCCGUGUUGGGUGUCUUGUGCAGCUGACAGAGGUAAGGUUACAUCACCUUGAAAAAGAAAGAAAGUCAAUUAUCCUAAAAGUAAAUUCUCUUCGGAAAAUACAGUGUAGCACACAUGUCAAUCUAGAAAUCCACUAUCUGAUAAACAGUUGAAAUGCAAAAUAGGCUUGAUCCUUGGUCAUUUUUACUCUCUGGAUCUGAGUGUACUUCUUUUCUUAGCCUAGCUAUCUUGUUUGUUUUAUUUUUUCUUCACCUUUUAAAGAGAAGCAUGACAUAGGAAAGUCAAUUUUUUUUUUUCCCCCUACAAUUCAUGGAUCAAUCUCAUCUAUUUAUUCAUAAUGGAACAUGUAAAUAUAGUGAGAACUGUUUUUCAGGAGAUGAAUGUGGGCUGGAGGGAAGGAAGGUGGUUCUACUUGUGUUCCAAAAUCCUCUUUAGAGAAGGUGUCACGUUCUUCAGGGAGCACCUGAGGGUGUGGAAAGUAUCUUCUAGCUGAUGGAGAGGCUUAGGCGGCUUAACAGAAAAGAUAUAAAGAAGGAAGGGGCAUAACAAUUACCAGUUUCCCAGCCUGGGUUUUUCUGUCACAACUGUUCAGGUUCUCAGAGUUGUUCUCAGAGUUGAUGAAGGACCACCUUUGUGUAUAAAAGUGUUGCUUCAACCUUGCAGUGGUAACAAGUGACCUACUUUUUCCAGGUAGAAUUCAAGAUGGCUGUAUCUUCAGUUGUAUGAUAAAAUUAACGGUUCACAUGACUGUGUGGCAUCUAAAAAUAAUAUGUUUUUUACAGCAUCUCUCUGCCACUAAAUUGUUGACUUGAAUUUUGAAAAACAAGUUGGUGUUGAUAUGUAUAUGUGUGUGUGUAUAUAUGUAUUUAUAGACAAGUGUGAGUGACACGUGAGUUAUAUAGUCUUCCCCAACGCAUGUGUAUUCCACACAUACAUGGCUGAGUUAUAGUCACUAAACAAUUUGCAAUAAAAACAAAAAAGAUUCAUUGUCAGUGAAAACAGGAAUUAGUUAAGCUUUUUAAUGAAUCUGCUAUUAUGGUGAGUAAGCUCUUUUAAGAACUCUCAUAGCUAUAUUAACUUAGGCUAAUAUUUAAUGGUACCGUAAUUUGUGUCUAAAUUCAGAUUGGGAUAGAAAUCACUCCAGUUGUGGGGUGUUGCUUCUUAUUUCACACUGUAAUAGGAAACAUUUCUAUUAAUUCAGCUACCUAAAAUGAAUAGUUUUCUGUAUUCUCUUUUUUUGUUUUUCUGUCGUUGUUAGUGGUCUCAAAAUUCUGAUCAAUAACUGUGUAUGAUGCUGAAUUCCAAACUCUGAAUGAUCCAGUUGAAAACCCAUCCCUCUCCUUUCUUCAGCCCAGUUUUGGGGAUGGUGAGUUUCCCUCAGUGUCCUGCAUUAUACCAACCUAAGGGAAAACAGGUAGUAGGGAGAAAGAAAUGUCUGUCUAGUGGCUUUGGUCAUGUCUCCACAGGAGAAACGAACCAUUCGAUUGUCUUUUGAUGCUCAUUCCACUCUAAGGAGCUUGUUUCUUUGGAAAGUUGUUGACUUUCCAAAGUGUUGCAUGGGUGGUAGCUAUCACUCUGUUGGUCUUACGGUCGAUACCAGUCAGUCAGACUGUCAUGAUCUGUACUAGUUACUGGUAGAGUCCUGCACUGCACUGUUCUAAGUUAAAAGAAGUGCAUAGUUAUUUCAUCUGUUUUUUCCUUAGCCUACCCUCACUCCCCCACCCACACCAACACUGACAUGCUGUCUGUGGACAAAUAGCGAUUCUCAGUCUUUUGGCAAGCUGCCACCAUCCCCUUGCCUUGGUCUUUCAUAAUAGGGUGUGCAUAUGAUUGUAUUUCUGUAGGACUCUCUGUGUGUGGGUGUGUGUAUAUACGCACACAUCUUUGAUAAAAUAGCUGUUUGACUUAGCAGGGUUGAAGUGGCUUUUAAUUAUUUUUGUGGGCAUUAUUGGACACAUCUUUUUAAAACAAUCUGAACCUUAACCAUAUCACACUUGGUUGACUAAUUUAUUUUGAGCAUUAAAAUUUUUCUUCUGUUAAUUUAGAUAUUUUCACAUUUCUGUAUCAUUACUGACUUAAGAAAGAUUGCACUUAAGCUUCUGAUAAAUGUGAUUUCUUGGCAGAUUUUCCUUAGAGUCAAAUGUCUGAAACUGAAUGAAAAUAUAUACCAAUUUUAAAUGAACUAAUUGUGGAAAGAACAUUUUUAAACAAUUCCAAGUUUAAAUACAUAAGACACUUCAAGAUCUUCAGGACUUUAAAGCACAUUUAAAAUUAUUUUAGUAAGAAUUUUGUUUUAUCAAUACAUGUUGAAUUGUUUUUUAAUUAAAAAAAAAACAACAACACAAAGCUUAGAUUUCAGAAAGAGGGAGGGAGAAUAGCUGGUGGUCCCAGAGUGUGCUGCUGUUAAUUGUUUAAUUAACAAAGGGGAAAUGUAUAUAAACAGAUAUAAAAGUUACCAUAAAUUCCAUGAACUUAAAUCUGUGAUUCAUUGCCUUAAAACUUUCUCUCUUAGAAUUUCCAUACCGCAUGCCAAACCAGUAAAAUGGCUUUUAAAAAUGUAUAGUAGACCAAUGUCAGUUUGUAUAAAAGUACCAAGUGAAAAUAUUUAUUACAUGCAUUGGAAAAAAAUUGUUUACCUAUUGAAUGUUACCUGUUUAUGUAGAGCUCUUUAGAUGUAAUAAAAGAAAAGCCUUCAGUUAA